AUGGGUCCGAUCGAACUUAAUAAGCGGCGCAUCUUCAUCCUGGUUGCCGGUGUCUUUACCUGCGUUAUCCUGUUCACUGGUCUACCCUCCAGCGAGCGAGUCCAGGACGGUCUGCACAGUAUCCCAAUACCUGGUAUCCCACAAGGCCCGCAGCUGGCCCCGGGCAAGGACCCCGAUAGUGCCUGGGACUUCCCCGACCCCGAACACGCAAAGGAAGAAUCCGUGCAUCAUGAAGUGCCAAAGCCAGAACAUACGACGGUCGUACCGCCGGCGCCGGAUACUGAAGCAUAUGAUCUACAUCCAAUCAACCAGUUGAUGGAAGAGGCGGACCAUGCUUUUAGAGUGUAUGAGGGCAGCGCAUCUCAGACCUUCCGCCAGACGGUAGAAAAGUACAGGAGCAAGUACGGGAGGCACCCGCCCCCAGGUUUCAGGGACUGGUACAAGUUCGCCAGGAAGAGAAACGUGGUCAACAUUGACGACUUCGACCAUAUCAUGGACGACCUGCGGCCCUUCUGGAGCGUUGAACCGUCUUACAUUCGCACCCAUGCUGCCCAUAUGUGGGAGAACGAAGGCCAUGGUGCGGCAGGCAUUCAUAUCAGAGAUCACAAGGUCGGGAAGGUCAACUUCGGUUCCUGGCGAUCAGAGACUUUCGAAGGCGUGGUCAACACGUUCAUCGAGUACCUGCCAGAUAUGGAUAUUGCCAUGAACAGACUCGAUCAGCCUCGUGUGGUAGUACCAUUUGAGGAUUUACAGGAGAUGCUGCAGAAGGAACAGCAAGGUCGAAUCAUGCAUCCCGAAGCCAUGGAUAGCUUUACAUUCAACCAAAGCGACCUCUUGGAUCUGUCCAUUCAGGAUAAAGGACUUGACAACUCCACACGCCUCGAUGCUGCCUGGUUCAACGCCGCAGGAAAGCAAUAUAUGGAAGUGGCUGCCAAAGCAUGCCCGCCCGAAUCUCCCGCCCGUCGUAACAUGAGUAUGGCCGAGACGGACGCCCUAUACAAAGAAUCCUCCGCUGGCAUCGUCACCAAUUUCAACCUUUCCUCGGAUCUCUGCACGGUGGGUCCUGCUAUUCAAGACCUCCACGGCAUGAUGUACUCGGCUUCCAGCAUGCUUCCUACGCACAGACUCGUCCCCAUCUUUGGCGAGUGUAAAGUCAAUGUCAACAACGACAUCCUCUUUCCAGCAAACAUGUAUUACCGUCAUGAUGACCGAUACGACUACUCACCGGACGACGACGUUGACUGGCGCAGCAAAAACAACAACAUCAUCUGGCGCGGCGUCACCUCAGGCGGAGUGCAGAUCGCAGACAACUGGGAGCGUAUGCACCGUCAACGCCUUGUCCAGCUCACCAAUGGCACCUGGACUGCCCUCAAUCACAAAAUGUACCCUGUCCUCACCGAGACCCAAUCGUCCCCAGCUUCCGCCCAUUCCGAUGAAAACAUAACUUACACACCAGUUCCCUCGUUCCACCCUGACGCUUUCGCACUUGCCCACAGCGACAUUGGUUUCGUUGAGUCAUGGGGCUGCGUACCCGACUGCUCGUUCUACGACGACGUCUUCUCCUGGAAAGCUCAAACCACCUUGACCUCACAAUUCAGAUCCCGCUAUCUUAUCGACGUGGAUGGACACUCCUUCUCCGGCCGCUGGCACGCUUUUCUGCAGUCCAAAUCCCUCGGUCUCAAAGCCACCAUAUUCCGCGAGUGGCACGACAGUCGCCUCUUCGCAUGGCGGCAUUUUGUGCCCGUGGAUAACCGCUAUGAUGAGCUCUACGCCCUGUUAACAUAUUUCAUGGGCUACGGCAGCGACGAAGAUCGCGGCUUCAAUGAGCAGGCGGGUGAUCUCAACCCCAAUGUCUACGUGCGGAGCCACGACAAGGAGGCUCAAAAGAUCGCGCGACAGAGCCGGGAGUGGGCACAUCGUGUCCUGCGCCGCGAAGACAUCGAAGUCUACAUGUUCAGGCUGCUGCUAGAGUACGCGCGCAUCUGCGAUGACAACCGUGAUCGCAUUGGUUACAGCGGUGAUGGCAGUGAGUUGGAUGACUUUGACAACGCCCAUGCUGCUGGUGGCUGGGGGUUGGGGAAAUGGCCCUGGACCAAGGAGAAAGAUGCAGGCACCGAAAAGCCACGGGACGACUGA